AUGGCUGAAGUCUUACAAUGUCUUAAUGUCUUAAUCAAUUUAGUUGUCAGUUCAUCAUUUGGUCGCACGAUUCGGCAACCAAAGCAUGGAUCCCUCGGGAAAGUUUUCGGCCAAGGAACAGUAGACAUCAAGCCCCCAGGACUGGAGGAACAUUACAGGGCCAACCUAGAGAGGCUGCUGGCUAAGAUGGGAGCAUAUGUCGAGCAGAGCAUGAUUAUCAUGGCCAAAAUGGAAUAUAUAGAACUGAUGGAAGUGGAAAAGAAACUUAAACAAUUAGAUUCAAAAAGAUUUCAGAAAACUUCCGAAUGUCAGCCAAGAGCGUCUUCUCACGUCGAUCAAAUGUACGGACCAAAACUGUAUUAUAUCAUACAGAGAUCAACUGAAGAAACCUCUGUCAAAAGCCUUUCUAAUGAUGCUCUGAGAGAAUUGAACGCCUUACAACGAUCUGCAAGAGCUUGUGAGGAAAUAAAGAAACUCUCUCCCGAUGGCUCUCCAAGAGAACCACAAAUAAAACAAAACCUGGGUGGAUCUCUUCUUGCUAAACGUAAACCACAAACACCAACUUCACACCACCACCACCACACCCCACAUAAAGAUGGACCAAUGAAAGCCAUAAACCCAGAAUACACCACAACUAAACCUCUAUACAAGGCCGACAAUACUUCGGCGAACAAACCUGACUUCAAUUCCAGCAUUAAAAGAGGGUCAACCAAAGAUGCUAGUAAUCAUUUAAAUAGAAGCCUCAUCUCUGCUUCCAGACCUCCUUCUUCUCAGGCUUACAAUAGUCAGCAUAGCUCAGGGUCCAUCUUCAUUUCAAAAGAAGAGUACGAUCGUCUUCACAAAAGAAUUAAACAGCAAGAAAUGCAGAUAGAGGAACUCACAACCAGAUUAAGCAGUUUUGCAAGCAAACAGUUGCUAGCUGGUAAUCCUAACAUGGCGGACUUGAGUGACAAGAACAGACCGACAAAAAUCGGGGAGAAGUUGGGAAGCCUAUAUGAUGAGGAAUGGUCUGAUGCGUAUGACGCCUUCCACACUCAGCUCAAGUACAAUGAGGAGGACUGUCUGAGAGUUCUACUGAGAAUACUCAGGUAUGCAUAUGACUUCUGCAAAAAGUCCUCUGAAACUCAAUUGUCUAACUUGUCGCUGUCAAUGGAGAAACACAUUCUACAUCCCUCGUCUUUCCAUGGACAUUCUAUGUCCGAUUCGACCAAUUUUUCUUCGUCAAUUGGUUCAGUAGAUGUGCGUCUUGACGAAAGUCAAGGAAAACUGCUGCGAUCAGUUUGUAACAGACAUUCUAAAGAAUUCAGAAAGGCAGCAGGUGUCAAAUCUGUUCCAGAGUUACAGGAGGUCUUCAAAAAACAAAUUCUGAGACAGAACUUUCAGCUGGAGCCACGCCAACUUCCAAAACCAAUCCUAGCUUACAUUGACGCCUGUAUAGAGAUCACGUGGUUAAUGUGCAUACAGGAUCCGCCUAUGGUGAUCACGUGGGCUACAGAAGGGGAGGCAAUUAAUAAAGACUAUUACAAGUUAUAUAAAACUAAUGGUAGCAUUGUUAAAGUAUCGGUAUGGCCUGUUUUAUUUUUACACAAUAGAGGACCAAUCGUUAGCAAAGGAUACGUUUAUCCCUUUGAACGGAAAGUUUAGACAUAUGUUUUGCACUGAAUACGUAUGUGAUUUCAAAACAUGCAAGGCAUUGAUUUCUCUUCAUCUCAGAAAACGAGAUGCUUUUGUCGCGACUUUAAAUCAAAUAUUUACCUCAUUUGCGUAAUUUUAUAUCUUCACAAAUGCAAAAUUUAUUGUAAAAGUAAGCUUACGUGCAAUGUACAGAUAAAACAGUUAGACAUAUGAUGAAAAGGUGAAUUACACACCAUACAGAUGUAUUGGUAAAAGUAACUGUAUUAUACGUCAAGAACUUGAUUUUAUGUUUAAUUUUGGACUUUGAGAUCACACAGAUAUACUAGUAUACUAUGCACCUGGUUUUGAACAGAUUUUUUUCACGUUUUUGUGCCAAAGGACUGUAAUGGAUUUUGAGAUGUUCCUUUAUACUUACUGUGAUACUUUUUCUACCUCUUGUAUGUAAGCAUUUGGAGUAAGAAUUAAAUAUUUGCAAUAACUAUUAUCGUGUAAAAAAAUUUAGGGGCCUCAACCUCUUCCCCUCCCCUUUUGUUCAUUUCUCAUCAAAUUUUUCAUCAAAAUGUUGUUCACGUGUAGUUUCAUGCUUUGUAAUUUUAGAUACUAAUAAGGAUGUAAAUUUAAACUUGUUUAUCCCAGCACAUAUUUGCUUUAAUUAUGCUGGUAUACUUUAAAAAUUGUAUAAACCAUGCUGUCUUGAAGAAACAAUAAAAUGGUGGUCUGUUUUAAUGAA